UCUCCACUAAAGGCUUUUUAUAGCAGCAAAUAAUAAUACAAGAAAUGUAAAGGUGAAUGGAUCACUGUCUUGCCAAAUCUUGCUAACUUUUUAAUGCAAUCAUAAAAGGUUUUCGAUUUCCUAAAGUAAAACCAUCGAGGGCAGCCACAGUAAAUGCUUUAAAAUCACACAAUUAUCUAUCACUCUGUAUAUAAACAGCAGAGAUCGAAUCAUAUAGCCAUUGACAACUGGCCACCCUGUUCAACCAUUCUGGGUUUGAGUUCAUCCACAAUCAAGAUUCACAUCGAAAUCAGUCUUGCUUCUGUCACAAGAGUUUGAAGCAGCUAUGGAGACAUCAUCUCAAUCUUUGCAUCUUUUAAGCUCAAAUAAUAUGAUGCAAGAGAUCAAGAGCUCGAAAUGGACGAACGAACAGAACAAAUGGUUUGAAAGUGCUCUAGCUAUAUUCGAUACAGAAACACCAGACAGGUGGUCAAAUGUCGCUGCUUUAGUCCCUGGGAAAUCCGAGUAUGAUGUUAGGAAACAGUAUGAAGUAUUGAAAGCUGAUAUCAACGAUAUUGAAGCGGGUUUGAUUCCAGUUCCUGGCUAUUUCGCCUUCAAAUCAGAAUUGGUUGAAGAUCGUGGAUUCUAUUCUUUCGGAAAUCGUCUUCUGCGGUCAAGAUCCUUCGAUCAAGAAAGGCGAAAAGGCAUACCUUGGACUGAAGAAGAACACAGGCGAUUCCUGAUGGGUCUUCAAGUUCAUGGCAAAGGAGACUGGCGAAACAUUUCUCGCAACUUUGUAAUGACCAAAACACCAACACAAGUAGCAAGCCAUGCCCAGAAAUACUAUGCAAGACAACAUUCAGAUGGGAAAGAAAAGAGAAGACCUAGCAUUCAUGAUAUCACAACCGUCCACCUGCCGGAAAAUGCCAAUUUCUCUGGCGAAAGAGAGAAGUUUUCACCGUUAGUUAGCACACCAAACAACAGGAACCCUAAUAUCCGAGUAUACAAUUCUGGUCUCUAUUUCCAACCUACAAGAUACCAGGUUCAAGGUUAGGCAACUGAACCGUCCGAGGUUUGUGCUUGUAGUCGAAAUUAAUCAAAAAAUUUGAUAAUUUGUACU